AUGGAGGCCAUGUUGAAGAGUAGCGGACUCCAAAAGUUUUACCGCAAAAGUGACAACCUGACCAUUGUGGAUGCCUAUGCUGGAUAUGGCUGGUUUUCCACCGCUCUUUACAACUCUCUGCAGCCUAAAAAGCUGUUUCUCAUGGACCCUUCAAACUACUCCAAGGAGCCUCUGUCGCAUCUCCAGGCUCAAGACCCCGAGGUGAUCACCUACAGCAAUUACGACCCGUUCCAGUGGCGGUCGUACUACCCUGUCUACGAGUCGAUUUCCAAGGCGUACAACAAGCCCGACCGGACGGAGGUGAGCCGCGACUUUCUGUUUGUGGCCAACCUGGCUUAUACGCGAGGAGAGUCGCUAUUGUACCAGUACCUUUUGUGCAUUUUACAUCAGAAUUGGCUGCAGCGGUACGGCCGGGUUCGGAUGUUGAUUUGGAUCUCUUCGGCCUCAGCUGAGAAGUUGACCCAUGGUUCCCGACGAACAAAACUGCAAGACAAGACGGUAGCUCUCAAGGAGCUGGAUGAGAGGAUUGACAAGUUGAAGGCCAACAUUGCCAAGUCGGAACUGUGGUUGAAGCGCCCCAAUCUGUCUGAAAAGUCGGAGAACUCACACAAUAAGAAGCUCGACAAGUACAGAAACACUCUGGAGAAGCUUGAAAAGAAGAGAGCGGAGUCGGUCAGUCUAAUUGAAAACCGGAGAUUCAAAAGCACCGUCAUUCGUGAAAUGACGUGUGAUUACCGAUACCUGAUUGGAGGCAAUGCCAAACAUACCAAACGAAGCAAGCCUGUGACGACAGAAGCACAUCGACAGGUGCAGAUCAAAAAACGACUGGAAGGACACAAAAAACGCGUGCCCCAAAUGACAUGCAACCCUUACGAUAAAGAUGCACUUGUCUAUUACGAAAAUGACUACGAGAAUAUGUUUUGUCCUCAGAAGACAACAUCUCUCGGAGGUCUGGUUCUUCUGGAACUGACACCUAAGAACGUCAAGCUCGAGAGACUGGAUGAGUGGUUCUUUGUGGUCACUAGGCUGUUUGUGGCCAGCAUCCUGCCCAUUGGCCGUACUCUGGAGACCUUGGGACCGGGAGCUACGGAGUGGAUGAGUCCUCACCUGUCGCCCGCCAUUUUGUCCAGCAAGAUCAGCGAGAUUUCCAUCCCCGACCUGGAACAUAUCGUCGAGGUUUUCUGGAGAUGGCCCUUCAAGCCUCAGGUGUUGAUUGACACCUAUGAGGAGCGGAUGGUGAGUACUCCAGAUGAGAGCACUUUCGAUAACCCGCUUUUCGACAUUGAUGACGAUGUGGAAGGGGGAGGAUCAGAUGUUGAUGAUGAUCUCAUGUAG